UCUUCUUCCCUGCGGUUUGUUGUGGCCGGUGCCAGUCGCAUGUGCCGUGGGGCUGCGGGGGACAUCGGCAGCCGCGGAGGGAUUCAUUUUACAGCAUUACACUUUUAAAAAGUCUUAAUUGCUUAUGUACGCGUCCUUGUAGCAUUUAAGCACGGAAAACUGCGGAGGAUCUACGCUGAAAGGCAGCAGCACUGUCACAAAAGGGGUUCACCUGUAACCAGGCAGAAAUGCAAAUGGAAAACGAGGAGCAGAGCUGUCCUGGAGAGCCCAACAUAAUGGAUAUGAGAGGAAGCUUCUUCAAGCUGAUUCACGCCUUUGCCUCAGAAAUCGGGGAGCUGAACGGCGAGAUGGUGCCGGCGGCGUCACGCGCGGACACAGAGCCGUCCGAAGGGGUCCUGCAGUGGCUGGAGGGACAGAUGACUGGUGUCUACGUUCAGUCCCCCACCUUUGCAGACCCGACCACACCCAGGGAUUCUGGCUACGACUCCCUGCAGAGACACAUGAGCGUCUUGGAUAGGCUGAAGCAGACGCACUCGGUGUGGCUGCUUCUCGGCCUCGGUGACGAGGAGGCUGUCCGCAUUCUGCAGUCGCAGCCUCCUGGGGUUUUCCUGGUGAGGAAAUCGGCGAAGCUGAAGAGGAAGGUGAUCUCCCUGCGCAUGGACAGCUUUUCAGAUGUCGCCGUGCGAGACUUCCCCGUGAAGGAGACCCAGUACACCUUUUGCCUGGAGGGCUCUGGGAUCGGGUUCCCUGAUCUUUUCCGCAUGGUGGCCUUCUACUGUAUCAGCAGGGAUGUCUUGCCCUUCACCCUGGAACUCCCGAAGGCCAUUGCGUCUGCCAGAACCAGGACAAACCUGGAGGACAUAGCCCAGCUUGGGGCAGAAUUCUGGGAUUCUGCUCUCUGUGGGAUCAAGGGAGCCGGCUUGGACCAGACGGGACAAACAGCUGAGGAAGGCUGCCCUCCAGCCACGUGGAUCCGUGUGCCCUCCCACUCCAGUGAGGCUCUUUGUUUCAUCAACACCUUAUUCUUACAGGAGUCUCAGCCCCAGAAGGACCCCGUUAGACCCCCAUCCCCAAAAACAGCACCUCUGAGCUCGUCUUUACGCUGCCCGGAAUCAGCUCAGGGCAAAAGGAGAAUGCCGGAGAAGGCAUAUUGGAUCAACCCGGAGUCAAACCUGCCGGGAACCAGGGCCCUGGAUGACCAGACUGAGAUGGAGAAGAAAAUAUUUCUUUAUCUCAGCCGGAUUUCAGGGUACUCCACUCCCCUAGAAGAGGACAUCGCUGCCCUCACAUGUGAACAGUAUGAUGAGGCGGCGACAGCUCCGAGGGAGAGAGUAGACUCGGACAACCGGAUAAGCUACAUGAGCACCUCCACAUUGUCUUCGGACUCAUUGGAUUUGGUCACCUGCCGCCGCCUGGUCCGAGGAAUGACUGACAGCAGCGUGGAAGAAGAGGAGGAGGAAGAGGAAGGGCUGGAAGAUGAGGGAGAGGUGGUGGAGCUUGAAGAUGAAUACAACAUCAGCACGGAGAGUGACCCAGAGGUUAGCAUCCGCCCCCCCAACAGGGUCCGGAAGAGGUCAAGCGUGAGCUCGGUGAAGCUGUCGCAGGCGCUGAGGAGACCGAUCCACAGGAUGAUGGACAGUCUGGUGAUUCCCGAACGUCGGGCCAUCAGGCAGGUGCAACGCCUUGUGCAUGACAAGACCUCCUACUUUGGCUGCCUGGUGCAAGACUUCAUCAGCUACAUCAGGGAGAACCACAGCUGCCACAAUUCUGGCCAGGAUCUGCUGCAGACUCUGCGCCAGUUCCUGACCCAGACCAAGAGCUACCUGUUCCAGAGCUCAGAGCUGAAUCCACCAAUACACUCUAUCAUCCCAGAGCACCAAAUCGACCAGGUGCUGGAGAAGGCCAUGCAGAAGUGCGUUCUGAAACCUCUGAAGAGCACGCUGGAGAGCGCCCUGCGGGACUUCCAGAAGGAGAGCGGCGAGUGGCAGCGGCUGGAAGGGAACAUGGCCCGGAGAAUGUCCCCCCAGGAGCUCGGUGUGGAAAACGGCUGCGUCCCCGACCCCGGGACCAUCGAGAAGAUACGGCAGAAGUUCCAGACCAUGCAUAAGAUGUAUUCUCCUGAGAAGAAGGUGGAUGUGGUACUGCAGGUGUGCAGCCUCGUCUAUAGCACCAUGGAGAGAACCUCAGGAGCUGAUGACUUCCUGCCCAUUCUGACCUUUACCCUGGCACAGUGUAACAUGCCAGAUUUGGACAUAGAGAUCCAGUACAUGAUGGAACUGCUGGAUUCCUGUCAGUUGAAUGGAGAAGGUGGGUACUACCUGACCAGCAUCUAUGGAGCUAUGUCUCUGAUCAAGAACCUACAAGAGGAGCAGGAGACUCAGUCGCUCAUCUCCCAGACCCGCAGCACGCUGCGGCAGUGGCACCGUCGGCUGACAGCCCAGCGCAGCACGCCCUCCAUCGAAGACCUACAGAAUUACCUGCGGGUGUCGUACCUGGAUGCCAACAGCACCUACACAACCAAGACGCUUCCAGUGGCCCCCUGUUCCACCACUGGUGACGUGUGCCGGCUGUGUGCGGAGAAGUUCCAGAUCACGGGCCCAGACAGCCACGGCCUCUUCCUGGUGAUCAGGGAAGACUGGCAGAAACUGACCCCUGACAGCAUCCCACAGAGUAUCAAGGCUGACAUCCACAGCCAGGGUUUGGCCUUCAGCUUCGUCUACCGCCAUGUGUGACCGCCUCGCUGAGCCUACCAGCGCUCUUCCACUCGUGGCAGCAGUCGACUGUCCUGCAUUGGACUCGUCUCACCACUGAAUUGAGAGAUUAAAUUAAUUAUGCUGACCGCAAAGGAUUCUGGGAAGAAUCCCAGAAUCCCGCCCCUGGUGAAACAGAACACCAUGACCGCCUGUCACUGAUGCUCCUAACCGGGUCAGGGUCGUGUUGGGCUGCUCUGCACCUCGACUGCUGGUGCUCUUACUAUGGGUAUGGUGGGUGUGUGCCCCACCCCCUAUGUGCAUAUAACAACAAAACUAUUGACAAGCAAGAUUUCUCUUGUCAAGGACUAUUUGAGAUGUCAGAAGUUAUAAGGUCAGCUCAUGAAGAAGCAUCUGUGCCCUUGUAUAGCUAUACCAUUCUCCAGCUUCUCUGUAUUAAUAGACAUUCCGACAAAUGAAGAGUCCCCUUUUCUACUUUUUAUAAAAUACAAAUUUUAUACAUAUGUAAAUAUCAUGAAUUACGUAGAAAAUAUAUUUUUUGUUUAGUAAACAUUUAGAUUUUUUUUUGUUACAGUUGCUGGUAAACUGACUCAUAGAUGCAUUCUGGGUAAAAGUUUUUGAGUUACUAGAAUGUGUUUUCUUUUUUCCUGCUUACGGCACUGGCGAGGAGCGGAAAGCAGAGCUGAACAUUCAGCUUCAUGCUUGGGCCUGAAGCCCCUAGCUGAAGCACUGCAACAAGCUGUGCCUCUGCGUGGCUGUUUUGGCCACUACGAAAGUCAAUGUAGCCGAUUGCCGAUUGUGACCCUUUCGGUUCUCUGGCCCAUGAUUAAUCUUGAUGACUGAUCCCUGAUUAAAUCUCUAUUCGAGACGACUGAGUGGCCACUAGCCUGACAACAAGUCGAUGUACUCAUUCAGGGAAGUCCAUUUUUAGAGUAUUUAUUUACGACUAUGUGGUGCUGUGAUCCACCAUACUCAUAAAUACUCUAACAAGGAAGUAAAACACUUAGUCUUAGAAACUAAAUUCACAGUAUUUAUCACCAGGCUAUUAUUAUUUUCCAGUUGGAACAGGGUAUCCCUCAUUUUGCCUUAGAUUACUUUAUAGUGAAGAUGGUCAUGUUGGCAGCACUUUUUUAUGAUAUAUAGUAUUCAGAACACUAAUUAUAGUGCAACUUGAUUAUCGAAGAGUGUUUGCCUGUAGCAUCUGUUUGUAUUGUAUACAUACGAUGUAAAAAUGAUUUUAACAUGGAAAUUAAAAAAAACUGUUGUUGAUCUGUGCAGGAAUUUUCACAGACCAAUAUGUAAUAUUCUGUUUAAAUCUUAUUGUUGGUUGUAUCGUAAUGCAUCUGUUAUUUUUAACUUGCCCAAAAUAAACAGCAUAAACAAAAUAAA